CUUGUAAAUAUAAGAGGCGCAUCGGGUGUGAUCAAAAAAUUCAAAUGACGUGCCAUGGUCCUUUUGGCUAAAGAUUCAGUUCUUGUUUUUGGCUCUUGUAGUCUGCGUCUUUUCACUGGUCUUUCAUCUGGAUUAAGACUGUACAUUCACAAUCAAGAGUGAGAAAUCAAAGGGGGAGAUAGUAAGGCAAGUUGGGUAAUGAUGGAAUGAUAAAUGUUGGCCAAUUAGAGCUUAAGGAACCUGCAUGAAUUUCGUGCACUACUUCUAAGCAAUAAAAAUGCUGGGUUUUUUACUAUUCAACUCUUUUAAUUGAUCCAGCCCUGUAGGGUAAACACAAAUGCAAAACCUACAAGAAGGCUUCAGGGACUCUUUUUGGCUAUCAUCUUCUUCUAUUACAAAUGUGUCUUCCCACUCCGUACCUUCUGUAAAUACAGAGUCCAACAUUCCGAACUAUAUAGCGGGUGUUACCAAACUUUUCCACAGGUUGACAUCUUGCAUCAGCGAGAAUAAGUCCAUCAUCGAGUAUGUCCAAUGUCGAAUGGACACUGAAAAAGCUUGUGCUGAGUUAUUUGAAAGAAGAGCGCAAAAUAAUUUGAAGAGUCAAGUUGAUAUAACAACAUCAGAUAUGAACGCUACUUUGACAGGUGCGUUCACAAUGUUGUGCAACGAGGCGAAAGAAACAGCACAUGCGCACCGCGUAUGUGCCAGCUUAAUGGAGCAGGAUGUUUUGGAACCAUUAUCCGAUUUCACAAAUUAUUUUGAAGAACAGUUGAAUAUAAAGAAGUCCGAGAUUGAAGACAAGAUACAUGACUUUGAGCAUGCUGCUCAAGCCGUUUUGUUACUUCGAUCGGUUUAUUGGUCAAGGUGCCGAGCAUUAGAGAUAGCUAGCCCUGAUUUUAGGCCGCCUUUACCAAUAGGAUUUUACGAAGAAGAGGAAGACUUAGAUAUUGUGGAUCAUAAUGACGCUGAUAUAUAUAGUGAAAAUGAUGAUUUCAUGCAGAGUGAUACAUUUGUGAGCGGGCGGCGCCGAUCUAGCUCUGUCACCUCGGAACUCAAUGUGGAUAAAGGAGGAGUUAGGUUGGGUAAAUUUACGAUUGUGCCCUAUCAAGCAGUGGCACAAUCUAUUAAUCGAAUGCAAAAACUGAUCGAGGGUACCCUACAGAAUACGACAGCUAUACACCAAAAGAAGUACCGAGGACAGAGAAUUUUUGAAUAUAUACGUGAUUAUUUCGCCUCGCCACCACCCGUCUUACAGCAACAUCAAGAGAAUCAGAAUCUUUCUAUUGAUACAGAAGCUUUUGAAAUAUGCCAGCAUUUAAUCAGCCUGAAAUUUUUGAAGGCUGCAACCUUAAAAGAUAGUGGGCCUUUCAAUUUGGAAAAAUUUUAUGUGAUACAGCAAAAUGUCGUAGAUCGAUAUAUAAGGAAGACGCGUGUUAGACGCAGUGUGGACCAAGGAAUAGGAGUUGAUGUCUCAAAUAAUGAUAAUGAUUCUGAGACAACCACUUUGGCAGUUCCUUCAUCUUCGCCAACGAAUGCUGCAACUACUGAUCUUAUCAGUAACAUUUUUUCUGGAAAGAAGGGAAACACUAAAAAAGUCUCACUUUCAGAUUCGGCAGCGAAAGCACACAGUGAAAUGUUAGAAGCAGAUAAAGCUUACAAGAAAAAGAUACAGACGCUUGAAACGUCGAGAAAAAAGCUUGAAGAAAAUCUGCUUGCCUACUUUGAUGACAUCGAACAGUUAGAGAAGGAGAGAGUUGAUUCAAUAAAGCAAGCGUUCACAGCAAUGGCUACUGCACUAAAAGGCACUGUACCUAUGUUACAAGAAACAUACAACAGUAUAUCACUUGUUCAAGAAACCUUAAAAUCUGAACAAGACAUUCAAUAUAUCGUAGAACAGAAUAAGUUGGGUCCUUAUUGUCCAAAACCAUAUAUCUACGAAAAUUAUUAUUAUGGCUCGGCUAUAGACCAAAUAUUUGGUGUACCAUUAGAAGAAGUAGCUCAAAUUUACGGAACUUACGUACCACCUAUCAUCAGUAAAGGCAUAAAGCUUAUAGAAGAAGGCCUACGACCAGAUGAAGCAGACAUCACUUGGUCUAAACUGAUACCAAUGGAGGAAAUGAAUAGAAUUAUUGAGCAGAUCAACAAUUUAGCUGGAUCUAAAUUGAAGAAAAAGUUAGAAGAGUUUGACAAUCUUAUCAUCCUAGCAAACAUUAUUAGGGUCUACCUGUUAGAAUUACCCGAAUGUCUAUUGACGUACGACUUAUACGAACCCAUCAAGAUUUUGUAUGCUUCCCAAUACCAUGAUGACGAAAGCCGACUACUAUCCAUUAGUAAAUUAUUAGCUACUUUGCCUUCGCCAAAUUACUAUACCUUAAAAGCGUUAUCCAAACAUCUAAACAAAACAUUAAAGGAAAUGAAAACCGAUAAACUAUUGAAUCAUCUUAUAUCCAACUUUGCUCAUAUAUUGAUGCGACCAAAAGUAUCCACGCCUGUAAAUGUCCAUGAUCGCCACCCUAAGCGAAUUGUACGCGACUUGUUUACACAAUACGAUAUUCUUUUUACGAAGAAUAUGAAUUUGGUACAAAAAUCUAACGAGUCAAGAUCAGCUAUUGUAGCUAAUGAUGAAUCCUAUUUUGCAGCUACAUUUGAAUCAGCGCCAAGUCGGUUCCAGCAGCAGCCUCCAGAAACAAAUACGAGUACAGAAUCAACUCUUAAACGUACAUUUUUUAGUAUGAUACGGCAUAAUUCGUCCAGUGCCUUGAAUACCAAUUAUAACCGACAAAAUAAGAGUAACAAUAUAAGCUCAUCUGUAUCUACAAUUAAUAGUAAUGCUGGCCCACCUAUCGUUCCACAUUCAGCUACGAGCAUCACUUUAUUUGAGGACCCUGAGUUUAAUGAAGAUGAUACAUUGUACACUAAGCAGCAAAAUAGCAAUCCAUUGAUACAUGUUACAGAAUUUUGUAAAAAUGACGAGGAUCUGAAUGGCCAGACGGUUAAAUUCGAUAAAAUUAGCAAUAGACAGAACAAAAAGGAAGAGGAUGAUGACGUAUCAUACAAGACGAACGUCUCUUUUAUGCUAAAUAUGGAAGCUCAGGAUGAUGAUGCUAUUGAAAUCAAUACUGUAAAUGAUGAUAUGGUAACAGCGUCUAGUUCUGCUGCUGCUUCACCAACAACGGCUAAUACAAAAGAGGUAAUAAAAACGCGCUCGCGUUCCUCCACAAAAGACACGUUAGAAAAUAUAGCGUUGGACCCCUUUUUUGAAGAUUGAAACUUUCUUAAACGAUUAAAAGAAAUGCAUAACCAAAUCCAAAUGUACACAACCAAAUCCGAAUAUACACUAACAACAAACAUCCAUAAAAUUAGUAGCUUAUAAGACAUACAAGAAAUAUAUUCUGUACA